UUGUUAAACCUGCAUCAAUUACACAACAACCUAUAGCUUGUAUGACUAAUUCCCAGAUUGAAAGAUCUGGUGCAAUGAAGAGUAGUAGCUUAAUAUUUUUUUAAUCAGAUAGUUGAAUUCUUAGUCAGACAAGGAAUCUGUUUUCUGGAAAGUGGUUGAAUGACUAGUCAAGAUUAAUCAGAUUCUUUCGAAAUAUAAAAUUACGUAAUCUGUCACGAGGCUUCUCGGCUAAUGUCGAAAUGUCAAGCAAAAAUGACUGGCACACCGUCUCCUCUCUGACCCGAAUGAUCGGCAAAUAAACCAAAAAUCACACUUCACAGCCCAAAUAAAAAGGGCGCUGUGGUUCUCUGUGCCAGGAUGGAGUUUGCGGAGCUGAUAAAGACGCCGCGCGUGGACGGCGUGGUGCUGCACCGGCCCUUCCUGCCCACCGUGGAGGGUACGCUGUGCCUGACGGGACACCACCUCAUCCUGUCCUCCCGCCAGGACAACACCGAGGAACUCUGGCUCCUCCACUCCAACAUCGACUCCAUCGAGAAGAGGUUUGUGGGUUCCCUGGGCACCAUCAUCGUUAAGUGUAAAGACCUGAGAGUGAUCCAGCUGGACAUCCCUGGUAUGGAGGAGAGCAUGAACAUUGGGAGCUCUAUCGAGGCAUUAUCCACACUGGAGUCUGUGUCCCUGAUGUACCCCUUCUUCUACCGGCCCAUGUUUGAGGUCAUCGAGGACGGGUGGAACUCCUUCCUGCCCGAGGAGGCCUUCAAAGACGUUGAGUCUGCGACGGAUGAGUGGCGACUGAGCGGCGUGAACAAAGAUUUUGCGGUGUGCCCCUCGUACCCCGCCCUGCUGGUGGUGCCCAGGGACAUGGACGACGACACGCUCCGCAAGGCGGCCACGUUCCGGCACGGCGGCCGCUUUCCCGUCCUCAGCUACUACCACAAGAAAAACGGCAUGGUGAUGAUGCGAGCAGGGCAGCCGCUGACCGGUACGAACGGGCGGCGGUGUAAGGAGGACGAGAAGCUGAUCAACGCCACGCUGCGAGCAGGGAAGCGCGGUUACAUCAUCGACACGCGCACCAUCAACCAGGCUCAGCAGGCCAAGGCCCGCGGCGGGGGCUUCGAGCAGGAGGCCAACUACCCCCAGUGGAGGAGGAUCCACAAGGCCAUCGAGAGGUGGAAUAUUCUGCAGGAGAGCCUGAUCAAGCUGGUGGAGGCCUGUAAUGACCAGUCUCCCAGUAUGGACCGCUGGCUCAGCAAGCUGGAGGCCUCCAAUUGGCUGACGCACGUGAAGGAGAUCCUCACCACCGCCUGCCUGGCCGCGCAGUGCAUCGACAGGGAGGGUGCGUCCGUGCUGGUCCACGGUACCGAGGGGACCGACUCCACCCUGCAGGUCACCUCUCUGGCCCAGAUCAUCCUGGACCCGGCUUCCAGAACCAUCCGCGGGUUUCAGUCCCUGGUGGAGCGCGAGUGGCUGCAGGCGGGCCACCCGUUCCAGCAGCGCUGCGCGCAGUCGGCGUACUCCAUGGGGAAGCCGCGCUGGGAGGCCCCGGUCUUCCUGCUCUUCCUGGACUGCGUCUGGCAGAUCCUGCGCCAGUUCCCCUGCUCCUUCCAGUUCAACGAGCACUUCCUGGUGCAGCUCUUCCAGCACGCCUACGCUUCGCAGUUCGGCACCUUCAUGGGGAACAACGCCGCCGAGCGGGUUAAGCUGAAGCUCUCUCAGAAGACGGUGUCUCUCUGGUCGUGGGUGAAUCGGCCUCAGCAGAUGGACCGCUUCCUGAACCCGCUCUACGAGCCCAACAGCCUGGUCAUCUGGCCCUCCGUCGCCCCUCAGAGUCUGCUCCUCUGGGAGGGUGUGUUCCUACGUUGGAACCGCUCCUCUAAGUGCCUGGACGAGGCCAGCGAGGAGAUGGCGCACAUCAUCGAGUACAACAAGGACCUGCAGGCCAAGGUCAAUGCCCUGCGCAGGCAGCUGGCUCAGCUGGAGACCCAGGACAGCCCACUGGACACGCCCUAGAGUGGGCGGGGUAACGAUGACUACGCCCACUUAUAGCCCUUACACCGCCCCCCUCCUACCAGCCCUGCUCCCCAGCCAAGUACGCCAACUCCCAAAAAGCUGCUCACUAAACCAAUCUGCUGCAUGCAUAAGCUCACACACAUACACACACACACGCACUCUCACACUCUCAGACACACAGACACACACACUCUCUCACACUCUCAGACACACACACACACGCACGUACACAGGCGCACACACACACACACACACACACACGCACUCUCACACUCUCAGACACACACACACACACGCACGUACACACGCACACCCACACACGCACGCACGCACGUACGCACUGUCUCACACUCUCAGACACACACACACACACUACAGCAUUGCUCGCUCUCCCUGACAUGGUCUGAAGGAGGAUUCUGUCUCGGAGAGUCCAGCUGCUCUAAGCAUUAAUAGAGGAUCUGAGAAGUGAUGACUCGCCCUCCGGUAAAGAGCUGAGUACAGCAGCACUACCUACAGCAAACCACUAAUAAUCCUGACCGUAAUAACAAUAAUAACAGUGAUCUGCUUAUGAUCACCUGGUACAUGCCUACACGUGAGCUGGUGUCUAAGAGCAAGAAGUUAUCACACCUGCUGCUUUUCACUUCCUGCGUUCUUACGCAAGCUCCUUGCAGGAAGCAUCACCACUUCCUGUGUGCUUGCCUGGGCUGUCUAAUCCAACUAAUCGCCCAAUCAGUGCCCAACCUCACUAAUGCUCUUCUGGCCGAAUGAAAGAAAAAAAUCCCUGCAGCGAUGCUCCAAUAUCUAGUAUAAAGCCUUCCCAGGAGAGCGGAGGUUGAUAUUGCAGCGAAGGGUGGGCCAACUCCAUAUUAAUGCCCAUCAUUUUGGAUACCAGGUGUCCACACACCUUUGGCCACGUAGUGUAGCACCAUCUUCCCACUCUCUGUGUGCUUGGUGUGCCUCUCAAAGGAGGUAGCUCAACUUCCUGCGUGCUUGUCUGGACAGGAAGUCGCACCGGAACGCGUGUAACGCGGCCUUCUGCUUUCCCUGCGCUGAUGAUUCAUAGCGUGCCACACGUUUGAAGUCAGGCGCUUAUAAUAAAAUCACUAAAUUCCCAGUAAACGUACCGGCGGAUACCGGCGACUGUAUCCGUUCGUGUCUCGGCUAGCGAGCGUGCCCGUGUUUGGUGGAGUUUCUGUCUCGACGGGCCAGAGGAUGCACUUCCUGACGAAGUUCACUUUGGCGUCACAAAAAAGAAAAAAAAAGAUUAAAAAACAUCAAUACUUGAGCGGACUUUUGGAAUUGUAAAUAGGUUUGGCUUUUUGGAGCAGUCCUGCUGAAAUGUAUAGCAGUCAUGUUGUAUCCACACGUUACAUAGGUAGGGGUAUGUGAUGCUAGAUUAACCCUGAAUUACAGUGUGUGACUGUUUGAAUACGCUGUUCUUUCCUGCGCUGCUGUAGCACGCUGUAAACACUGUAUAUGGCUAUGCUGUGAGCAGCUUCAGGUUGUAAUACAGCUUUUUUUUUCCCCCAAUAUGAGGGAACUGUAAACUACGCAUGUGUACGUAUCGGGGAGGGGGAAACGGCAUCUGCUUAAACUCUGCAGCUGAAGGUGCACUGUGGUUAGAUUGAACAGAUCAGACAGCAGUGAGGAGAGCUCUCUCAUUCCUCACCCCGCAGAGUAGCUUGGCUCCUGUAGCCGUGUUCUACUGUUAGCUGCACAACGUUCCGUUUUCAUUCAGUAUUUUUGCCGCCUUCUGGAUUGUAAUCACCCCUGAAAUCCUUAAGAACACCAGUGAUAGCGCUCGAAGGCAGUGUGUGUGUGUGCGCGUGCAUGCAUGCAUGCUUCCAGUGUGUGUUUGUGUGUGUGAGUGUGUGUUUGAGUUUGUGUGUGUGUGCUGCACACGCGUGUGCACGCUUCCAUUGACCUAAGGUGAAGCGCACACAGGCGUGUGAUCCGUGUUCUGAUGUAUGUACUGAGCACGUAUGUAUGUGGCUGAGUAUGUACCGGAUGGGAUGUUAUGGGACGUCAGGGUGCGAGACAAACUGGAGGUGCACAUUGGGCAUGUACAGUACACACACGCUACAUGUAUGACACACGCGUGAAUGGUGUUCAGGGUGGUCUGAACGGAACUCUCGCUCGUCUGAGGGGACCAGUCGAGUCUGGUUUGGGGUCCUGCCUAAUUUCACUUCACAUGAAUCUGACCAAUGAAAGGGACUGAAAAUGUUUUCUUUUAUAUAUAUAUAUAUAUCACUCUAGAAUGUCACUGUAGAAUUGAUGCAUUUUUGUCGUGUAUGUGUGUGUGUGUGAUGUAUCAUUUGGACCGUUCUGUGUAAAGAUGUCUGCGAUGUCAUUGGGUAAUAAAGGAAACCACGUGGCUGAA